AAGUUCCCAGUACAUAUUAUUACAACAUUGUCAAUGUUAGUACAUAGUGAUUGAAUUGCACGGUUUCCUCUGGUUCAACUGUGUAUAACGUUAAAAUUAAAAUUAAAAUUAACUACGUGGUCAGACACUGUACUCUGUGCGUUUUUUUUAGGGGUCUUUAAGAUGUAAGGGGCCCUUUACAACAAAGGAUGAAGUUCGUCUGAUUUAAAGAAAUAAAAGGACAAGAUCGUAAAUCCCCAAACUUUCCAUGAGAGGUCUCUAGGUGGAAGUGUUAGUGAUGGUACUAAAGAGUGAAUUAUGGAGAGAAAAAUGGGGGAUCAGCUCAAUAAAGCGUAUGAAGCCUAUCGUCAAGCAUGCAUUGAAAAAGAAAGUGCUAAGAAGGAACUUCUACAAAAGACGGAAGCUUAUGAACGCCAUAUCAGUGAGCUGAAGCUGCAGUUAGAGGAGCAAAACAAAGUCAUUGCAGAACUUAGAGCCCAACAGAGUUCUGCAGGAAGUUCCUCCAGAGGCAAUGUCAAAGGCUCAGAGAAUAUACUUGAAGACAAGGAGACUGUUCUGCAGACGCACAGAAAAAAUGAAUCUCAGUCCUUAUUACCAUAUGGUGAACUCCAUAAACACCAAGCAGUCACAUCGCACAGGGAGAAUCUAGCAAUGGCAAAUUUGAAUAUUGCUGAGUCAGCACCAAGGAAAAGUGUUCCUUAUCCAGGGUCUGGAAUAGCUAUUGAUGAAAGGAAAGAAGUCGUUGAGGCUUUCAAUGAGAUCCGUGGUACAUUACAGAUCAUUCAGAAUACGACAAGAAAACAGAAGGAUCACUUGAAUAAGCUGAGGAUAAAAAACGAGGCAGCAAAUGAAGGUCAGUUUUCCAUGCCUAUACAAUGCACUGAUGUCACAGUUGAACAAGGACCCCUCAAAGCAACAAAAAAGACUAACACCAAUAUAGAAAUAAGCUCUGCUUCUAUAACAUCCCGAGGAGUCAGCCCAGAAGAUGAAGAUUGCUUGGACUCCUUUUCUAAUCUUAGUGUGAAGUUUCCACCUAUAGACACUGAAUAUGACUUUUUAAAUAGUGCACCAGAAAAACCAGUAGUUCUUGCAACUGGAAGAACUUUCACAGCUUUUACAAAGGACAGUGAUGAAGUUACCCAGACUGAACAUGCUCCCAGCUGCAGAAGAAACGACUGGGAACCACUGGCUCCUGGUUCAGAUAUUAACCACUUGAACAUGGCAAAGCCUCCUGCUUCUUCUGCUACUUUAGAUACUUUUCCACCUGAGGUUGUACGAGGACCACAACAGAAAUGUUUCUGCCAUUGAAAUACUUGUACAUUGCCUGCCAUCAUUAUAGAGAAAAUUGAACAAUUGAGAAGAUAUGAUGGUACUCCACUGGCUUAUGUUAUUCACAUUAAAGGUAUGCCCUUUGGUUAGCAUUACUGCAAGGUUAGGACCAAGGCUGAAUACAAGCUCCAGUGCAGGCAUGCUUUGGCUUUGCUUUGGCCAAAGUGAUGAAGCAAUUUGAGAACUUUCCUAAAGGCAGUGGUAGAAUAUUGUAAUAGUUUCUUUCAAAGUUACUCAGGCCUAAUUUUCAUGUUUCUCAAAUCAGGAAUGUUUAGAUUUUGUUGGUUGACUGUGUACAUAAAAUUUCUUGCAAAUGCCACUCACAAGUUGAUUGAGAAUUUGACAGUAAAAGGUCCUGCGAGUUGUCUUGUGUUAUAGACAGAAAAUGGCUUGAGACUGUUUCUUUCAAUUUCCAAGUCUGAACACAAGUCCUCAGGACUCUCAAGACCUGAUUACUAUAGUCCAUGGACAAGUCCACUUCCAGGCUGGGCAGGGAUGAGUCAUGGCCACGUGCGGAGUGUGGUUUAGUAUAAUUUGUAAUAAUUUUCCACAUGUUAAAAAAAUAUUACUAAGUAAUACUUUUUAAAAAAGUACUGUCACAAAGAA